AUGUUGCUGCAACCCGACAUCGGCGAGCAGGUCAGCGCCAUGUACGCCGAAGCCAGCAGCCUCCGACAAACCUGCGUCUCCCAAGAUACCGAGAUCAAGAACCUCAACCUUAAGAAUGAGUUCUUCGCCAAGGACAACAAAGGUCUACGGGAAGUGAUAGAUUGUUACGAACGCAUCAUCCAGAAGAAAGAUCAGGAAAUUCUGGGCCUUAGCGUCGAGCUCGACUCUUAG